GUCCCUCAACCAGAUUUACGGGUUCCGGACAUCUGAGCCAGAAGAGACGGCGAUCUGCAGCCGCCGAUUCACCUGCACUCCGAAAGGAGGGACGAAGGGAGAAGGUUUUUACCAAUAAACCUUGCUCUGGAGAAAAAGAAACAGCUGAGAUGAAAGUCCAAUAGCACAUCUUCUUUUUCUUCCCCUCACUUCUACAAACCUGUCUGCGACGGGAAACUUCAGCAGAUCUUCUAACAGCGCUCUGCUUUACAACUUUUCGCCCGGAGGGACGCUGACGGCUCGCCGCAGCAGCAACAGACCACGAUGUACCGCUCAACGAAAGGGGCGUCCAAGGCGCGACGGGACCAGAUCAACGCGGAGAUCCGAAACCUGAAGGACCUGUUGCCCAUCUCUGAUGCAGAUAAAGCGCGGCUCUCGUAUCUGCACAUCAUGUCCCUGGCCUGCAUGUACACCAGGAAGUCCGUCUUCUUCACCCAAGAAGCGGGAUCUGCUGGUAGUGACGAGGAGAGAGCUGCGUUUCUGUCUUUUCACGAGCUUUCGGAGCUGAUGCAGGCGAUGCCGGGCUUCCUGAUGCUGCUUACCGGAGAAGGGAAGCUGCUCUACCUGUCUGACAGCGUCUCCGAGCACCUCGGACACUCCAUGGUGGAUCUUGUGGCACAAGGUGACAGCGUUUAUGAUAUAAUCGACACUGCAGAUCACUUCAUCAUGAGGACCAACCUGUCUGCUUCCACAUCACUUGAGAUGGACCGUCUCUUUCGCUGCCGUUUCAACACUUCCAAGUCGGUGCGGAGGCAGAGUGCUGGAAAUAAGCCGGUUCUGAUCCGCGCUCGCUGCCUCGCUCCACCCUCCACCGCCAGCUCCUACUGGACCUCCAACCCGGUGUGGGUGUGUUUCUGCACCCCGCUGGAGCCCCAGCCCACACGCUCCGGGUCGGGGCCAGACAGGGACGCGACCUCUGCCCUCCCGCUGGCCGAGACCAACCUGUUUCUGGCGUGUUUCCACUCCCAGCACGGCCGAGACAUGAGGCUCCAGGCGGCACAGGACAGCAUGACUGUGUAUCUGGGCUACGAUGUGACAGCUUUACGCUCCCGCUCCUGGUACGGCCUCCUCCACCCACAGGAUCUGUCACACGCCUCUGCUCAGCACCGCAGCCUGUUGAGGGAAGGUGGAGAGGGCAGAGCUGAGAUGGUGGUUCGUGUUCAGGCUCACGAUCUGUCCUGGGUUUGGCUCUACAUGGUGCUUCAGCUGCAGCACGGAGACAUUCCCAUCAGCAGCAACAACUACAUCAUCAGUGACUCUGAAGCUUGGUCGGUGCGCCAGCAGCUCAGCUCCGAGCAGACCCAGCUGACCCUGGUUCUGAGCGCCGGCCCGUCUCAGCCAGAGGGCCUGAGCCUGCAGUCUCCAGAGACCCUGUCCAGCCCAGACCAGGUGUUCACGCCCGGUAGCAGCGGUCUGUCCGCCCAGUCCUUCGACUUCAGCACGACCGGCUGCAGCGUCGGCUCCUCGGACGAGCCGGGCAGCUCCAUCGCCGAGCCCAUGCAGCUGGAGGGAGACCCUCGCUCCAGCAUCUCCUCUCUGGAGGAGGACAGCUUCUUCCAGCCGCCACCGACAGAAACCCUCUCCGCCGCGUCUUCGCCGACUCCCGUCACGGUGGAGACAGUAGCAGAUUUGGACUUUUUAACCCAGAACAUUCUCCUGCCUCCGUCCUUCCAGCUCGACCCGCCGCUGCCGCUGCCCACCUCUCAGGCUCAGCAGACCAAAGAGUUUGUGUGCACCCCGCCGUACACGCCGCAGGUCGGAGGAACCAGCUUCCAGUUCAACGAGCCGCUCUUCAGCUUCGACCCCACAGGCACCACAACGCCUCCUCCCUCUGCUACGACCACCACCUCCUCCACCUCGCUGGCGCCCUCCGCCUCCUCCACAGCCCCGCCCACUACGAACCCCAGCCCCGCUCCGCCCACCACCCUCUCCACCAAGCUGCCCCUGUCUUUGCCCGCCCUCUCCACUGACCUGCUGUUCCCCGUUGAGACGUGCAGCAGCGCCCUGUACGAGAAGCUGCCCCCCACGCCCGACAGUCCAGGAGACGGAGAUUGCACGGUAAUGACUCUGCCGGAGGUCCGCGGGCCGCUUUACGUUGACGUGCCGCUCGGGCCCCUCCAGUGUCCCCCUGAAGGCCUGCUGACCCCUGAGGCUUCACCCGGCAAACAGCCCUGCCUCACCUUCUUCUCAUUGGAGCGGGAGAAGGAACGGGCGGAGAUUUCCCUUCUGGCUCAACACAUCAGCUCCCUGGCUGAGGGUUUCUACCUGGAUCCUCUUUUGUCCAAACUGUCCCCCUCCUCCUCGCCUCCGUCGCCCUUCCUGUCCCCGGCUAUCGAAGCGACGGAUCCAGUCCACAUGCUGAGGGAGUUUUAUCCCGUAAAAACGUGGAGAGGUCUGGACAUCCCCAUCUUCCUCGAUGACGAUGAGUCUCUGUUUGAAGAGAACAUCCUAGAAACGAUCCUGCAAGACGACUUCGCUCCCAACCUCUCUGCCCCCUCCAGCCCCACCUCUCCACACACCCCAGUGUGUUGGCACCAACCCUCCCAGUUUGAGGGAGCGGGCCACAUCUGUAGCGUCCAAUCGGCGCAAUGUAACUCCGUGGCCAGACGUGGGGCGAGCGUGGCGACGACGGACGGGGAGGGGCUGGCGGAGGAAGCGAUGGAGAUGGAGGUGGAGUUGGCGUCGUCUCCCGUGUCGUCUUGCUCCUCCAUCCCUGCUUCCCCUCCCCUCAUCCUCACCGCCUCCCCGAGCCCAGCCGCCGCCAUGCCCGUCGCCUCGCCCACGCCCGCCGUGUCUUGCACUCAGUCCCUCCUGGAGGAACUGGCCGUCCUGGAACCCAUGUUUGGGGCAGGUGCCUCGAUCGCCCCUGGCUUAGGGCAACAACCUGAGUUGUAUCAACUCCAAUGUCAUCCAUCGCCACAGUGCUUCCACAAAGAUGGGAGUGGAAGUGUUCCUCCGUUCUAAAAUAAGUCUGUGACUUACUUCAUUAAGUAUGGCAUAUUGUCAUAUUUUGUGGAGACCCUUUUACUGAAAAGUAAAAAACAAUUAAGUGUAUAAAUAUACAUAAUGUAUAUACAACUUAAGGACUUCAUCUCCUACAUGUCUGCUAAGAACAAAGAUUGGCUAUAUAUUUUUGUUCAAUCAUUUCUUCUGUGUAAUACUGCAAAAAAACAAAAACAAAAACAAAACAACAAAAAAAAAACUACAAAAAAAAACUAACAAAAAAACAACUGGUGCCAGAUUCACAUGAUGACUGAGUGGACCCAGAACUCCCUGGGUUCUGGCUCCAUUUGGGGAUCACUCAGUUAGAGGUGCACCGACUGCAGUUUUCAGGUUACCGAUCUUUAAAAAAGCCUGACCUGCCGAUGCCAAUUUUGACUGGUAACGAUUUUUACUGCUUGAAACGUUGCUAAAUAAACGUUUCAGUCUGCAGACACGUCCUGCUGGGUGGCCAGUGGUUGAUUUUUAGUUGAUCAGAUCCCAAAUUUAAGAAAAUCGGGUCGGACUUAUCGGCAGAUCAGUUUAUCGGUGCACCUCUACUCUCCAGAGCUUCAGAGACGAUCAAACUCCAGAUACGUAUGUGUAUUCACUCGUAGUGAAAUAUCUGUUGUGAACAAAAACAAAUGAUGCAUUUCUUGCUAUUUCAGUAGUGGGAUGAAUCAUAGCACUUUUUUGCCUGACAUGCAGCAACGCAAACCCAAACCUCAAACGUUACAGGAAGUCAAAUGUUUACAAUCGUUUACAACCUAAGUGCGAAAACAAUCAGUAGACGGAGAGAGAGAGAGAGAAAAAAUAUUUCUUGUCUUAAAUCUUCUGAUUUAGUUCCCAGAACCAGACAAGUUCUGGUUUAAACGCCUUCCAAAAACGUAGAAAUGGAAUUGAAACCGAGAUACUUUGAGCUUUGAGUUUGCGACUUUUAAACCUUUAACAUCUCAUGGUUAUCGCUCCAUCUGAAAUCUUGUGUAUCGAUGUGAUUUGCAAACAAAAAGAAAACAUGAAGAACUGGACUCUGAUCAUGCCACAAACCCUCUGCUACUCUGUACUGUACAUUAAGACUCUGAAUGUGGACUCAUCAGGUCCUCCUCCUCCUCUUCUUCUUUCCCUGCUUUUGGCUGUGGGGCAGUCGGCUGGAUAUUCUUGCAGCAUCAAUAUUUGCAAUGCUGGCAGCUUAUAGCGGCUCCUGUGUGCCUGAAACGGCCCCUGAACUCUGAACUCUUCGUCCACUCCGAACGAGUGGACGGUCGGCAUCGCGGCUCCACUGGAGCGCGGUGCAGCGAGGCACAAAUUUAUGGGAUACCGUCUGUAACUUUACGCAGUGAAAAACUAACAGUGAACAUUUGGUUUGUUUAGCCAGGUGGAGAGAAAAAAAACAUGUGGAUGUUCAUUUUUCAAAGUUAUUUUUUCACAAUAUUAUUCCAUACAUUUAUAAAUGUCAGAGUUUGGAGAUAAAUAUUUCAUUUUGAAAACUAAACAUUUAACUCAGACUAAAACAUUUAGUUAAAAACUAAACAUUUAGAUUUUAGACUUGUGAAUUAAAUAUUUAGUUUGGAACUCUGAGAUUUAUAAAUGUAGGAAUAAUAUGUUUAAAAUAUGACUUUGAAAAUUAAACAUUCUCAUUUUUUUCCUUGUUACCGGGUAAAUAAACAAAAUCACUGCUGUUAAUGUUUUACAGUGUGACUUCACAAACGGCACUCCAUACAAAUUGACUAUGUUGAACGAGCGAUUCUUCUUUUUUGAGAGGGGUUUAGAAUACAAAAAGGUUUUGUUUUAAAAAAAUGAAAACUGGGGGGGACGGGUGCUAUUUCUAUUCAGUUACCAAACGACACGGGUUGAGAAUGGUACAAUUCCCAUGGUGUCGACAUGCUCACGUAGAGUUGUCUACGGUCAAGUAAAGGAUUGAUUCCUACGUUCUAGCUAUUCAAGGCUAAGUUAAUAUACAUGUGUAAAAAUUAUACUUCUGUAUGUGUGAUAUUUGAAGAAAAAAAAAGCUAUUUCAUAUGCGUUACAUCUCAGGAUGUAGGCAUAUGUUCUUUUCUGAAAGGUUGUACACAUUUGUACAUUUGUAUGAAACAGCUACUGGUCUGUACAUACAGAAGAGAGAGAUUUUUAUCGCAUAAGAUGGAAUAUAUUCUGAACAUCUUAUUGUUAUUCUUAUUAUUUACUGCAGAAUGGACAUUGUGAACCAGUGUUCUAUUGUGAUGCUUAUAAGUGUAUUUGGUUGUCAUACAAAUGCAUUUAUAUUAAAGUGCACUUAAUGCUGCUGAUGC